AUGUCUAAUUCACCUACUUUCAUUGAUGUUGAUUUAGGUGUUACACCGGAAACUACUUAUUCAAUUGCUGGUAGACAAAUCAAGUUUAAUAAUGAAGAUGAUAUUAAACCAAUUUUAAAAGAAUUAAAUUCAAAAUCUGCUAUUAAAAAAAUCGAUUUUUCAGGUAAUACUAUAGGUAUUGAAGCUUCAAAAUUAUUAAGUGAAUCAUUAAUUAAACAUAAAGAUUCAAUUGUUGAAAUUGAUUUUUCAGAUUUAUAUACUGGUAGAUUAAAUACUGAAAUUCCAAAAUCAUUAGAAUAUAUUUUACCAACAUUAUUAAAAUUUCCAAAUUUAAAAUUAAUCAAUCUUUCAGAUAAUGCUUUUGGAUUACAAACUAUUGAUCCAAUAGAAGAUUAUUUAACAAAAGCAGUUUUCAUUGAACAUUUAAUUUUAUCAAAUAAUGGGAUGGGUCCAUUUGCUGGUUCAAGAAUUGGUGGUGCAUUAUUUAAAUUAUCAUUAGCAAAGAAAAAACAAGGUUUACCAAGUUUAAAAACUUUUAUUUGUGGUAGAAAUAGAUUAGAAAACGGUUCAAUUAAUUAUUUGUCAGUUGGGUUGAGAAAUCAUCCAGAUUUAGAAAUUGUUAAAUUAUAUCAAAAUGGUAUUAGACCAGCAGGUAUUUCAAAAUUAAUUGAACAAGGCUUAAGUAAAAAUCAUAAAUUGAAAAUUAUUGAUUUACAAGAUAAUACAAUUACAACUAGAGGUGCUAUUAAAUUAGCUGAUGCAUUACAUAGUUGGACACAUUUACAUGAAUUAAAUUUAAAUGAUUCAUUAUUAAAAAGUAAAGGGUCACUCAAAUUAAUUGAAUCAUUCAAAAAAGGUGAUUCUAAAGAAAAAUUGAUCACUUUGAAGUUACAGUAUAAUGAAUUAGAUGCUGAGAGUUUGAGAGUUUUAGCUGAUAUUAUUGUAUCAAAAUUACCAAAUUUAAAAACAUUAGAAUUAAAUGGUAAUAGAUUUGAAGAAGAUUCGGAACAUAUUGAAAAGAUUAAUUCUAUAUUUGAAGAAAGAGGGUUUGGUGAAUUAGAUGAAUUAGACGAAUUAGAAGAACUAGACAGUGAUGAAGAAGAAGAAGAAGAGGAAGAGGAAGAAGAAGAAGAUAAAUUAGAAGAAGAUUUAGAUUUAGAACAAUUAGAACAAGAAUUAUCAGGUAUUAGUCUUGAAGAUAAAGAUAAGAAAGUUGAUGAAUUAGCAGAUGAAUUAUCAAAAACACAUAUAGAAUAG